CGUAGUUUACUGCUCCACUCGAGGUGAAUCGUUAGCGCAGAACGAGAAGCUUCCGUGAGAAAGACGGUAACUGCCAAAAUUCCACCCGCCCACACCGACACCGGUCAUCACAGCUCUAUCCGCUACCAGGUCACAGCGGUGCAAGGUCACGGGUUGAUCUUGGAAGCGGGCAAGUCGACUACGGUCGCAGGGCGCUAGCCUACUUCUCUGAGACCUCACACCGAGCCAACAGUCAUGUCAGGACCCUUGAAUCGGGCUGGCCGCCCUCCGGAACCGCCUGCCCCAGAGACCACAAGACGAUCCCUCUACGAAUAUGGAGACCGAGCGGACUACGACGAUCUGAAUGCAAUGCGGGCGCAUUAUCGGGAGCGCUUCCUGCACAACCUGUCAUCCCUCCCCGAUCUUCGACGACGGCCUGCAUUUGUGGAUCAAUGCAGACAAGCUUUGCGGGACCUAGCCGCCGGUCGGCCUUUGGCGAAACGACGCAGGGGAACUGGUGAAGGUGGAGACAUGGAGGAAUUCUACCUCCCGCGACGAUCGUCCAGUCUCGUAAGCAUGAGGACCGCGCGAACCCAGCCGGAGAUGAUUCAUUACGGCAACGCUCCGCCCAUAUUCCUUCAAUCGGGGCCCGAGUUCUCUCCACAGCGGUCAACGUCCCCGCGGCCCUCUGUGUCCUCCCAGAACAUGGUCCCGAAAAGGUCAGCGAGCUUGGCAGCUAGGAGUUUUCGAAGUUUCAGUGCAGGCACAUCUAUCGAUUCCCCACGGCGCCGACCGACUUUGAAGAGUCUGAUGGGCGGUGGCGGUGAUGGGGACGUCUCGGUUACCGCGUCAGACAGAAAGGUGGAAGUGGUCCAACCUCCGCGAGGUUUGGAAGCGAUACCAGCUGCUGGCGCGAUCGGAUCCGUCGAAGCUCAUGGGACCUUGGAAGACCAACUGCGGGAUCUGGCAGCGCAACAGCAGCAUAUGUUUCAGCUGCAACAGGAGCAAAGCAGGCGGAGUUCGGUGUCGUCCAAGCAUUCGGUGCAUUUGCAGCAACCAGUCGCGAACAUUGUGUUGCUGAAGACGCUCGUCCCACCUACGACGUAUCCGUCGGGACAAAUGCUCCUGACGAAUUCCUUGGAUCUUCAUAGUCUAGACACAUCGCUGGAUAAUGAUUCCCGGGUGUUCAAUACCAUCGAUGAGCCGAUUGUCCCUACUGCGGUCCGGUUGCCUAGCAUGCUGGCGUCUAGCCGCCGUCCUUCGGAGCCUCGAAGUGUUGUCGAAUAUCCCGCUCUCCGUUGGGUUCCUGAUCAAGUACCGAACCAGGGAAUUUCUCUCACAGAGAGGAGCAAAACCGUUGGCGCAGUUCCCAACCCUCAACGACCGUAUGACGCCGCAAUCAUUGUCAAGUCAUCAAAGAAGAAAGCUCCACCAGUGACCAAAGCCUUCCAGAAACUCCGCCGUAGCAUCUCAACCCUCGCUCUCCGUCUCAAAUCAAAGCCCUCUUUCUCCGACGACGGCCACAUGCCACCGCCCGUCCCACGAGUCCCAAUUGCCCACCCCGGUCCCCGGUCCCGCAGCAAAAUCUACGAAUCCCGCACAUCUGUCGUCAUCAAAGACGUCUCACCCGAAACAGUCGCAGAAGCACUCGCGCCCGGGUCCUCGUACGCCCAAGUCCUCGCAAGCCUGAAAGACUCGCAGCUCGCCCUCGCCGAAUCCUCCAGCGGGGCCAGCUCAUCACCCAGAUCGGGCUCGACGAUCUAUAUCCGCAGCGAGGAUAGCGACCCGUACGCGCGAGAAGACGAACGAAACGGGGACGGCCACACAAUGUUAGGCGCCGCGCAUCAGCACGAAGACGAAGAACGGGACCUGAUCCGUGAACUGGACUCCCUGAGCAUGCGCACGGCGAUCAGAGUGGACAACAUCCCCCUCCGCAAAUCCUUCUCGGAACCGCAUCUCCGCACCUACGACGACGACGAUCUGGAUGACGAGACAGAGACGGAAACAGCGCGCGACGACACGGACACCACCGAAUCUGAAGACGAGGACCGCGACGAUGUGGACGCUGACGUCUGGGCCGCGCAAACAGGCGUCUCCCGGCCCGCGCUGUACGCCAAUUACCAUCUCGCGCGGUCCCACCACCAGGUUGGGAACCGGUACUGUAUUUACAAUCCUGUAGAAGCCGACUGGCGGGCUGAGCACUCGAGCAAUGUCGUCACAUCAGCAGCGGCGGCACCGGCAAGUACUUUGACCUCGUCGUCGCGGCGAAGCUCGGUCUCGUCUACGGCGUCGAGGAAGUUCAAGACGCUGUGGAAACGCGUGCAUGGGUUUGUGCCUGCGCCCGGGAGCCUGCCUGCACAGUUGCAUUACGGACACGGACACGGACACGACGCGAGAUAUGGCGAGGGGAGGAGGAGGGAUGAAGGGGUUCGAUGAACUGGGGAUGGAAUUCGAGACCGGAAGCCAUGUUAUCUCCGAGCAAGCUUGACCCCUCUCACCCGGCUAGGGAGGUCGCAAAACAGAAACGAGAGCCUCAUAUGCGACCCCCUGGCCACCCCCCGUCGGCAGACCGCCUCGCCCUUUCACAUAACCAUCCCAAACCCCAAGACUGAACUGCGACACACUCCAUACAACACG